AUGGUCGAUCUGGUGCCAGAUGUGCCAGACUUGUGCGAGUUUGCUGAAGUUCUUGUUUUGAAUUGGAUCUACUUGUUGCUUCAGGCACUUAUUACUCGGUUGUUCGUGAGGCGUGCAUCAAGUUCACGACAACCAGGCCGUAUUGCGAUUAUUGGCACUGGAGCCACCGGCGUUGCAUGUGCGGCCCAUGCGCUCUCCCAGGGCUUCGAAGUCGUACUUUUUGGCCAAGAGGAAGAUUACGGCGGAAUCUGGAGCCAUUCUAACAGCAGCACACGGUUGCGAUCCACUUCAUUGUUCUAUCGCUUCCACCCUACUGUUUUAUGGAGACAUUUCUUCCCACUGCGGGAUGAGAUCUUAGAGGAGAUUCAUCGCCUAGUGGACAAGUACGAUCUUGACAGUCGUAUGCAUCUUUGCUGCAAGGUGCUUGAUAUUCGACGAGCCACAGCUGAAGAGGUCUUAACCUAUGCGGAGAUUCAAGGCAAGAAAGCCCUUCCCUUCUACGGGAGCCCUGCGCAGUGGAUAGUGCGAUACCAUAUCGGAGGAGGCAUCGAGAAUGCGCCUAUCAAGGAUGAGACGACUAACGAGGAUAUCUUUGAUGCUGUUGUCGUCGCUGUAGGGAAGUGUGGCCGGCCAAAGGCGAUCAUGAUGAAGGGUAUGCCCACGUCCACACGCCAUACAGGUGAAGGUGCAUGUGAACGCGAUACGGCCACCAGCAGGCAAACCGGGAAUGUCUUCAGUGGUGCUGUGUACCAUUCUUCCGAAACAGGUGAUGAUCCGAUCUUCGCUGGCAGGCGCGUCGUGAUCCUCGGGGACGAUGCGCCUAGUUUUGAUGCAGUUGACCUUGGUCGUGCACGAAAGUGUGUUGUUAUCGCCAAUGACGAUAAAUGGAUUCUGCCAUACAAUAUGCUAUUAUAUAGCCUCAUAUCGCUUGGGAAGUACAUGCCAUUCCGGUGCAUCUGGGAGAAGAGGUUUACGCAUGCCUUGGCGAAUUAUACCUACCAGGGUGUGGAAGAACUGGUUCCGCAUAGUCUGGGAAUCUUUGAAGGCAAAAUUGUCUGGAACGAUUAUCUCAUCCAGCAUAUUCGGGCUGAGAGGUGUCAGUAUAUUCGGGGGAGUGCGAACUGCCUGUCAGCACGUAGCGUGCAUGUGAAUUUGAAGCAGGAUGGCUCUCAAGUAUUCCAAGGGGAGAAGGAGUUCCCGGCCGAUGUGGUCGUUUUAUGUACAGGAUUUGAGGAUCCUGAUAUGGGCUUCCUUCCCCUCACACUUUUUCCUGAGGGGUGGAAUAAGCAAGACCUGUUCCUGCAGGCUUUCUCACCAGAAGACUUGUCAGUGAUGGUGAUGGAUCCGAGCUUGCGGACAGGACGUACCAUUUGGCCACUUAUUGGAGUUUAUAUGCGCCUUCUUCUCAUAUUUUUAAUGAAGCCUGAGAUGCGGCCAAUGCAAAGUGACAUGAGGGAUUGUGUGGAUGCUUCAAAACUACUCGCACGAACGCCAUUAUAUGGAAUCGCCAACUUUGGGCUACAGCUCCUCCCAUCCUUCAUCUAUCGGCACGGGGUGGCAGGUGCGAGAUUGAUGCUAUUUAUCUUGUUGGGAUGGGAGUAG